CAAAUCCGUCUAACCUAUAGGUUUUUGCCGUCACAAGUAUGUGCUAGUUUAACUCUAUACUUGUUUCCUGUACCUCUUUUUCAGACCACGAGCGCGAAAAUCGGCUACUGUUUUGGUUGCAUUUCUAGUCUAAUGUACCUCAGCUCCAGAUUACCACAACUUAUANCGCAAUGUGACUCGACUGAAGGCCUUUGUUUAGGCCUUUUCUGUCUGGCAGCACUAGGUAAUACUUCCUACGGAUUACAGAUCUUUUUGACCUCGCUCUAUCCCACAUAUCUUCUGGAAUCGCUGCCGUGGCUCGUCGGCAGUGUUGGAGUCCUAGGACUGGAUUUUCUUGUAAGAGAAGAGGGGGGGGGGCUGAUGAAUUAG